AUGUUUUCAGUUUAUAUUGAUAAAAUUCCAACUACAGCAGACUUGAUAUAACCUCUCACCAGCAAGAUUAAUGAAGUAAAUGGUAUAACUGCAGCUGAUUCACAUGAUUAAUAUAUGGCUGCAAUUAAUAAAAUAUUAAAUUUAGGAGCUUUAUUAGUGGGAAAUAUUUUAUAAAGAAAAUCAGGAAAAAGCGGAAUAACAGUUAAUAAUCUGAUAAGUAACGAUAACUGUAAUUUACUAAUUGAUUUAGUUUAAACUCCAAAAACAUACACCUAAGACUUAGUAAUCUACUAUGUUAUUGAUCCUUCAUUAUACACCUACUCAUCAUAUUUUAAUGGAUAACUUGGUACAGGCUAAGAAUACAUGCAGGCAGUUACUUGUGCUUAUUCCUAAUCAGAUUCAGGAUUUGAUUUGAAUCGCCCAUAGGUUGGAAUUAUAUUUUUUAGCUAUGCAAAUGUUUUCGGCCCUAACUUCUUGAAUGGUGGGUCCAUUUUUAACAUUGAUUCAUAUACAAAACUAGCAGCGAAAGCUAUUCUUUAGAUAAUGGGACUCAAUCUUAAUUCAACAUAAUAUUGGCUUGAUAACACUGGAACUGCUUAUCAAAGUAAUCCAAUUUAACAGGUUUUAGUUUCAUCUGACGGAAUUACUCAUUAUUCUAUUAAAACUCCCUCUUUAUUGGCAUAUGCGAACUCCUAUUUUAAACCAAAAACACCUGCUACUUUUUUACUCUUAGGUACUUACACACAUCCCGAUCUUUAAUAUGUAACAAUGGAAAUGCAUUUAGCUCCUGAAGAUCUCCUAUCAGAAUUUAAUUAGCUUUCAUUCUUCUAUGUUGUCAGUGGUUUCACACUUGCUGCUAUUACUGACAUGGGUUGGUAUCAAGUUAAUUAAAAUGUUUAAUAACCUUUAACGUUUGCCAGUUCUGUUUCUACAGAUUUUCUAAGUGAUGUUUAAUCAUUAAACGUUAAUAUUAUCUAAAAAUAUCCCAGUUUAUUUGCUUUGACUACUCCAUCUCCUGAUUAAUGUUAUUUUGCAUAUGGUAAGUUGGAAGUUGUUAACAGUCGCUCAACAGUAUAUCUGCCCUAAAAUCUAUUGCUUUAUAAGCAAUUAUGCCAGAGAUCUGAUGGAAUUAUUGGAUCACAAUAUUCUGUAUACUAACCAUCAAGUGGUUGCUUUAUAUCAACUUUUCCAAGUGCCUCAUAAAAAUAAAUUUGCUUGCCAAGAAGUUGUACUUCUUCUAAUUUAUUGAUUUCAGUUAUAGUUUAAGAAGUUACACCAACUUGUAGCACUGCUGGGUAAGUUGUUACAGGGAUUAAACCUAUCAGUUCAAUGAGUUAAACCUAUGAUUUGACUUGUCCUAAUAAUUUUAAUCUUUUUUGUACUUCUGAAAUGCCUUGCUAGAAUAAUUGCACAUAAAAUGGAAUAUGUAUACAUAACUUUUGUUAAUGUUAGCCUACUUAUAUUGGUCUUUAUUGCUAAAAGUCAUGUGGACCUUAACAGUGGUAUGAUGCAAACAAUAAUGCCUGUGUAGAUUAAUGUCCUAGUGGUUACUAUGGAAAUAUUUCUUAAAAUAGAUAAUGUAUUUUAUGCAAAACAUAAAAUUGCCUAGAUGAUUGCCCAGAGGGAUAAUAUAGAAUACCUGGACAAACUUAAUGUCUUUAAUGCCCUUAUUAAUGUUAGGCAUGUACAAGUGCUAAUUUUUGUACAAAAUGCAAAUUUGGGUAUGUAUUGAAUAAUAAUGAUAAUUUAUGCUAUUGUUAGAUUGGUACUUACGAUCCAAAAACUAAAACAUGUAUUAGUUGUAACUCUAAUUAAUAUUUUGAUAUUAAUAGUAGUUCAUGCUAGCCUUGUGAUCCUUCUUGUAAAACAUGCUAAAAUACUUCUACUUAAUGCACUUCUUGUAAUACUCCUAAAGUUUUUUACUAAUUUACUUGUCUUGACCAAUGCCCUCCAGGAUACUACUCAGAUCCACUUAAAAUGUGCUAAUAAUGUAGUAGUAAUUGCAAGACUUGUAAUUCAACAAGUACAACUUGCACUUCUUGUUAUGACACAUUUUAAUUACAACCAGACAAUAGUUGCGCUUGUGUGAAUUAGGUAUAUGAUCCUAGUACUAAUAAAUGCAUAUCUUGUGCUCCUAACUAAGUUUAUGAUCCAAUUAAUAAAAUAUGUUAAAAUUGCAACCCAUCUUGUAGUACUUGUAAAGAUGCUAGUAAUCUAAAUACUUGUACUAGUUGUCCUACUGGUAAAGUGCUUUAUAAUGGUAACUGUUAAGAUUCCUGUCCACAAUCAUAUUUUGCAGAUGCAAAUAAAGUGUGCUAGCCUUGCAAUCCAAUAUGUAAAAAUUGUUAAACUUCUAAUACGAACUGCAUUGAUUGUAAUGAUGGUUUAUAAUUAUCUGGAACUACUUGUGUUUGUAAAGUUGGGUUUUACAGCUCAAAUUUAAAUUAAUGCGUGGUUUGCAAUACAAAUUAAGUUCCUGAUAUUCCUAAUUAGUAAUGUAAAAACUGUGAUGUAAAUUGUAAUACUUGUUAAGACAGUAAUAACAUUAGUAUAUGUACAAGUUGUAAAGCGCCUAAAGCAUUAUAUUAAAGCUAUUGCUAUGACCCAUGUCCAACUGGAUAUUAUGCUGACACUAAUUAAGUUUGCCAACCUUGCAAUCCUUCUUGCUUAAAGUGCUUAACUAAUAAAGAUAAUUGUACAGAUUGUCCUAGUACAUUCUAAUUGUCAAGUGGCUCAUGUAUUUGCCCAAGUAACACAGUCUAUGAUUCAGGUUCAAAAACUUGUAAAUCUUGUUAAUUGAACUAAGUGAUAGAUACUAUUAAUAAAAUAUGUGUAAACUGCGACCCAAGCUGUAGAACUUGCAAAGAUAAAGAUAAUUUAUAAGCAUGCACGUCAUGUAAUACUGGUUUUGUUCUUUACAAUUCUACUUGUAUUGAUAAAUGUCCAGAUAAAACAUACAAAGAUUCAAACAAUGUUUGCAAACCUUGUGAUCCUAUUUGUGCAACAUGUUUUAACACAAGUAAUUAAUGCACAUCUUGUAACAGUCCUCUGACAUUAAAUGGUAGUUCCUGCUAAUGUUCUUCAGGUUUUUAUAAUUCACAAACAAAUAAAUGUGUAGCGUGCACAGUACACGAAGUACCAGAUAACAUUAGACAGUAAUGUGUAACUUGUGAUCCAAAUUGUUUAAGUUGUUAAGAUGUUAACAAUUUAGCUGUUUGUACAAGCUGUUAAAAUCCAUAUUCUUUAUAUUAAUCAAAAUGCUAAAAUCCUUGCCCAAAUAAAUACUACUCAGACUAAAACUAGAUUUGUCAACCUUGUAGCACAAAUUGUCUAACUUGCAGAAAUAAUAGCAACUACUGUACUGCAUGUCCAGAUAACACGUUUACCCUUUCAUAAGAUAAUAAAUGUGUUUGCUUAAAUUCUGUAUAUGAUAGUUUAAAUAAUACUUGUGUUCAAUGCACUUUCAAAUAAAUAUUUGACCAAACAAAUAAUAAGUGUGUAGAUUGUAGUCCUAGUUGUUUAACAUGUUAAGAUCUCAAUCAUUUAAAUAUUUGUACUAGCUGUCCAGCUGGCAAAAUACUCUAUAAUCAAACAUGCAUUGAUAAAUGCCCUGAUUAGACAUAUUUAUCAAAUAACAAAUGUCUUCCUUGUAGCUUGAAUUGCAAAACAUGUGAAGUUUAAGAUACCUAAUGCACCUCAUGUAAUAGCCCAUUACAAGUAAUAGGAAAAUCUUGUUAGUGUUCUUAGGGUAACUAUAAUCCAAAUAGUAAUACAUGUAUUGUAUGUUCAUAAAGUUAAGUUUAUGACAGUGUCCAUUAUUAAUGUGUAAAUUGCAAUCCAACCUGUUUGACAUGCUAGGAUAAAGAUAACACAAAUAAAUGCACAAGUUGUAAAAAUCCUUUAGUUUUAUCAAAUGGAUCUUGUGUUGCUUAAUGUCCUGAUCACUAAUAUACUGAUCCUAAUUAAGUUUGCCAAAAUUGUGAUCCUAACUGUUUAAGUUGUUAAACAUCAAGCACUAAUUGUUAAAGCUGUAAUCCUACGUUCACCUUAUAAAUUAAUAAAUGUGUCUGCCUUAACUCUGUUUAUGAUCCUUAAACAAAAACUUGUAAGACUUGUGCUUCCAAUCAAAUUUAUGAUCCAAGUAACUAAAGUUGUGUAAACUGUAAUCCGUCUUGCUUAACUUGCUAGGGCUUAGGUAGUUAGCUUAAUACCUGCUUAAGCUGUUAAACACCUUUGAUAUUAUAUAAUUCAUAAUGCCUUUCUUCUUGCCCAUCAUAAAUGUACUACGAUUCAGUUUCUAAAACAUGCUAAUAAUGCAACCCUAGUUGCCUACAAUGCUAAGGGACUAGCACUGCAUGUACUUCUUGUAUCCCACCACUUGUAGCUUAAGGCGGUACUUGCGUAUGUGGGAACGGAUUAUAUAUGAAAGAUGGAAAAUGUUAUGAUAGUUGUCCACCUGGUACUUUUAGAAAUAAUGAUAAAAUGACAUGUGAUACUUGUGAUAUUUCGUGUUUGAAUUGUAGAAGCAGUGGUUCAGGUUCCUGUAUCAAUUGUGCACCUGGUUAUCAGCUUAAUUAAAGUGGACUUUGUAUCUUAAUCUGCCCUGCCAGCUAAUAUGCUGAUUCAGGCAAUAUAAAAUGUAUACCUUGUCCUCCUUUCUGUGCUGCUUGCACAAAUCCUCUAAACUGUACUAGUUGCUUACCACCUAUGCUAUUUUUUAAUAGCUAAUGCAUUCCAUCAUGCCCUCCAGGGUUUUCAAAUCAUUUUGGUAUUUGUAUUCCAAAUGGAAGUUGUGAUAAUUCAUGCAUUAAAUGUGAUUAGAAAGGAAAUUGUAUUUAGUGUCCAGACGGAUAAUACAUUUAAGGAAAAGUUUGCGUUUCUGAUUGCUCGUCAGGAUAUUACAAAAUACCUGUAGCAGGUCUUUGUAAUCCAUGUUUUAAAGGAUGUGAUAAAUGCACUGGUCCAAACUAAGUUGAUUGUACAAAUUAUGUUCCUCCAACAAAAAAUUAAAACAGCUCAUUCACUUGUCAUUAAUCUUGUCUAUCAUGUUCUGGGCCAGGAUUUGAUUAGUGCAUAACAUGCAAUUAAAAUAGGCAGUUAAAUCCUUUUUAUGGAAAAUAAAUUGGAUCCUGCGUUUGUAUUAGCAAUACUGUUGAUUAUUUCUAACCUCCCUGCAAAUUUGAAAAAGAACCUAGCUUAAUAGAAAGUACAGCUAUAUCAUCUGCUGUGCUGAAUGCAGUAGCUGCAGCUGCUUAUUCUUCUCCUGCUGCAUUUCUCUUUCUAAUAGAUGCUCAAUAAACAUUAAGCUAUUUCAGAUACUUAAAUAUGAAUAAACCUUUAAACUUUGAUUAGCAAAUAAAGCCUCUUUAUUAUUCACACAUGAUUCCUUUCUUCCCAAAUGUAUCAAAGGAUUGGCUUCCUAGUGUUGUCACACCUAGUAACUCUAAAAAUAAUGUUUCAAACACAAGAAAUUUGUAAAACACAUCUUAAUAAAAUAUUAAAACUGAUAAUUAAUAUUCUCUAAGUUAAGGAAAUAACAGAAUCAGCGAUAACCAAAAGUAUCCGUUCUUUUUGAUAAACGCUUUCGUUAUUAUUAUUUUCCAAGCUGUUUUUUGGUUGAUCUGUUGGGUUAUGUCUCUGGUUGUUAAAUAUAAGGUUCUUACUCCUUUAGGGACAAAGAUCAUUAAUAUUUUUAGAUACAAUGCUAUUAUAGUUGUAAUAUAUGUGACAAUGAGUGAACUUAGUUUAUUAACCUUUUAUCACUUUACUAUUGCUAGUUGGUAGACUAAUUUAGAAAUUUUAAGUUCGUUACUCUCAAUAGCUAGCUUACUUUACAUGAUAGGAAUUAUUACAUUAUUAAUAAAUAUUACAAUUAAAUAGAGAGAAUAAAAUAUUAAUGAAGAAAAGUUUUAUAUCUUAUUUGGAAUACUCAAUGAAAAAUAUUCUAUAAAUAAAUAUUAUCCAAUUAUUUUAAUCAUGCGUAAAAUAAUUGCAAGUGCUAUAUAUGCUUUUGCCUAUCCUUAUCAAGAAGCUUAAGGAAUCCUAAUGAUAUUCUUAUAUUUACCUUUUUGGGCAUUUAUGAUCAGCAAAAACCCAUUUGCUAAUAACUAUGCAAGGAUUUCGUCUGUUAUCACAGAAUCUUGUAUGCUCUUUUGCCAUUUAUAUUUUGUAACUUUAAGUGUUAGUUAUAGUAUUAAUGAUCUAAUAGGAAUCACUGAUGUUUUGCUUAUUUUGAUAAUAACUACAUUGAUUAUUAGCUCAGUUUUAGGUUCUUUAGCAAUAAUUUGUUCAAUUUACAUAAAAAUCAAAAACUACAAACAAAGACAUUACCAAAUAGCUAAGAUUCAUCCUUACUAAGGUGUCAAAAGCACUUAAAGAGAUAUGGCAAGUUAAAAAAAGUAAGAUAACUAAAGUAAAAUCAGCUAUAAAGAAGACGAUUAGCUUUCAGAUUUGUCUAUAACUCAAUAACACGCAACACAAACGCCUUUAAAAACUAAUUAAGAUUAAAGUAAUAUGACUGUUCUAAACAACUCGCAUAGUAUUUAGUUAUAGUCUUAGCAAGAUAUGAGUUUAUCCUAUAACAAUAAGCUAAUUAACACCUCUCAAAAUUAACAAUUUAACACCAGAUAAUUUGAUAUUAUUGACGAAUAAUCAAACGAUGGUGAUGAUUUAAGUAGUGCAUAAAGGUAUUAAAUUUAGCACGAAGAAAAGCCUAAAUCUCAUUCAUAAGACAAUGAUGAAUAGCUUGAAUUUUCAUUCAGAUCUAAAUUAGAAGGAAUAAAGGAGCAAGAAAACGAAGAAGGUUCUCUUCAAUUUUCUGAUGCUGCAAGUAUGGCUUAGAGAAAGAAGUUUGUUAACUGA